AAAAAAAAAAAAAAAGAAGAGCAAGAAUGUCGUUUUCGCGUUAUAGCUUCGUCGUAGUAGCAUUACUCUCCAUCGUCUUUACUCAAAUCUAUGGUUCCUGUCACCAGGACCCACAGGCUAAUCCCCAACCAGCAGCAACGUUCCAACCGGCAGCAACGUCCCAACGGAGAGCAAGGCCCCAACCAGGAGCAACGUUCCAACCGGCAGCAACGUCCCAACGGAGAGCAAGGCCCCAACCAGGAGCAACGUCAGGGCUUAACACCCUAGGUCGAACCAACUUAGACCCAAGGGUUGAUCUACUACCGGCAGAAACUUUAGAUGUUCACAACCGGGUUCGAGCCGAAGUCGGGGUAGGUCCAAUGGUGUGGGACAAUAAACUAGCUGCCUUCGCACAGAACUACGCUAACGUACGAUCUAAAGACUGCGCCCUACAACAUUCGACAGACGAAAUGUACGGCGAGAAUAUAGCCGCAGGGUGGCUCAAAUCUAAGGAAUCAAUGAGCGGUCCGAUCGCGGCUAAGUUGUGGUAUGGCGAGAAGAAAUUCUACAAUUAUCAAACCAACAAAUGUAGUGGUAUGUGCGGACAUUAUACUCAGAUGGUGGCUAACCAAUCGCAUCGAGUUGGAUGUGGUCAUGUAAGGUGUCAUGCAAACACGUAUCUUUGGGUCGUAUGUAACUACGCUCCUAGGCCUGUGGGUGAUGAGAACACGCGUCCAUAUUAAUAAAAUUUUGGUUUUAACCACGAGAAAUAGUUGUCUGAUGUAAUAAAAUUUAACAUAAUAAGUUACGUACGAUAGAUAAGCCCAGACAUUAGAGUAUGUAAAUGUCUA